GUUGGAAUUACUUAUCGAUUCCGGAAAUUUUGUAUAUUUCCUUAGAGAAGUAUGAAUUAUGGGUCAAACAAGAAGUCAGUUCUCAGAGGAGGAAUUGCAAGAUUAUGAGGAUCUCACAUAUUUUACAAAGAAGGAAGUAUUAUAUGCACACCAAAAAUUUAAAGCUUUAGCCCCAGAAAAAGUGGGGCAUAAUAAAAACGCCAAACUGCCAAUGAGUAAAAUUCUCACUUAUCCUGAGUUGCAAGUGAAUCCUUUUGGGGAUAGAAUUUGCCAUGUUUUCAGUUCUAGUCAAGAUGGUGAUAUAACUUUUGAGGAUUUCCUCGAUAUGAUGUCUGUUUUCAGUGAAGCUGCCCCAAAGGCUGUAAAAGCUGAACAUGCAUUUAGAAUUUUUGAUUUUGAUGGUGAUGAUAUGUUAGGACACUCAGAUUUGAAACAGGUUGUUGAAAAACUUACAGGUGAAAAUAAACUAAACGAUUCUGAAAUGCAACUUCUUAUAAAUAAUAUUUUGGAAGAAGCUGAUCUUGAUGAUGACCGAGCACUUUCUUUUGCUGAAUUUGAACACAUUAUUGAUAGAUCUUCAGAUUUUUUGAAUGCAUUUAGGAUCCGUUUAUAAUCCCAAGACUGAAUUAUAUAUUAAUG